CGCUCUGGGAGAGGUCGGGAUAAAAAUAGCUGCACCAUGCUGUUGCUGCUCUGUGUUCUGAUAUUCUGCGGCUUUCGCUUCGUCAUGUCUGAAGAGAAAUUGAUUUCAGUCGACUUUGAGAUUUUUGGGAAUGUGCAGGGUGUUUGCUUCAGGAUGUACACCGAGGAUCAGGGCCGCGCUCUGGGACUGGGCGGCUGGGUGAAGAACACCCGACAGGGGACGGUGAUCGGCCAGAUCCAGGGACCGGCUCAGAGGGUCAACAGCAUGAAACUUUGGUUGAAGAACGUCGGCAGUCCGAGUUCUCGGAUUGACCGAGCCGUUUUCUCCAACGAGAGAGACAUUUCUAACCUGGAGGUCCAGGGCUUCUCCACUCGCUACUGAGCAUGCUCAGACUAACCAACAGCUUCAUUAGUAGUUAUUUAAAUUCAUCAAAGGAUGCAAACAAACCUCCAACUAAAUGUGUUUCAGCCUAAUUUGCAAACUGUCAGCAGAUAAAACGUCAGGAUUUCUGGGUAAUCCUGGCUGCAUGUGGAAAUGCUGACUGGUUUCUGUUGUCGUCAGGUUGGUCAGCUGCUCUCAUAAAUCUCCACAGCAUCAGAACAGCAGGAAGAUCUUUGAUGCUAAAGAUCAUCGACGUUUUCAUUUCCUGACCCAGAACUGAUCAGAACCAAAGCUGAUGGGGUCUGGCUCAGCUUUGACCAGGUUAACAUGUUCUGGACGUUUGGCUGUUGUAAACAAAAAGGUUUGAUGUGUUUGAUGUUGAAGAUCGUCGGUGCUGAGCUCCAGAGUCUUUGUGCAAAACAAUCAAAUCUUCAAUCUGUAGUUCAAUCAAGAUUCUCAACUUGCUGUUACCUGGCGACCAAAACUUAGAGCCUGACAGUCGGCUCUCGCUCUGUAGGUGGUUCUCUUCCAGAAAGCUUUUAAUAAAUUUCUUAAUUCUUCUAA